CAGAGAUGGGGCUCGUCGGGGCCACCCUCAGCUACAUCAACGCACACUUCAACUAAGGGAUUUUUCGGAAAUACGUUGAAGCACUCUAUAAUAACCACACUGUGGAAAAUCCUUCGGGAGACCUGUCGAUCCAUUUAAGUUGUUGUUUUUAUUCCAAUAUCAGCAACUGGUUAGAUCCAGUGAAAAAAUAAAAGAAGAAAAGAAACGAAAAAAGACGGAGACGAAGAGAGGAGAGGAGAGGAGAGGAGAGCGCAAAACAAUCCAGCACCGCAAGAAAGAGAGUCAAGAAGACAUUAUAGCUGAACGAAAAGUGAGGGAUUAUUUGGACAAGAGUGGCAUAGAAAAUGACGAACGAAAAGAGAUCACCCAUUGUGGGAUUUUUUUGUAGGUGAAACAAGAAAAAUGAUUGAAGAAACACACCCAAACGAUGAAAGUUACAUUGUGAGUGUCAAAGCGGUGGUCAUGACCCGAGAUGACUCCAGUGGAGGUUGGCUGGCACAGGAAGGUGGGGGCCUCAGCAGAGUGGGUGUCUGUAAGAUGCCUGCUGAACUGACCGACCGAAGUGACUUCCUCAUCCAUGGCGAGCGUCUCAAAGACAAGCAGGUGAUCUUGGAAUGUUUCGUGAGGAAGAAUCUGAUCUACACCAAGGCCACACCCACAUUUCACCACUGGAAAGUUGACAACAAAAAAUGUGGCCUGACGUUCCAUAGCCCCGCUGAUGCCCGUGCCUUUGACAGAGGUGUGCGGAAAGCCAUGGAGGACAUAACAGAGGGCUCUACAACUUCCUCUUCAACGCUCCAGAAUGAGGCUGAACUUGGAGAUGACGAUGUAUUCACAACCGCCACUGACAGUUCCUCAAACUCAUCUCAGAAGAAGGAACAUGCUACACAGCUAGUGGCCACCUCCACUUUAUAUGAACCUCACCCACAUCGCUGCAUCCUGCAAUACCGGCCACCAGAGCGCUACAAUCUUGAUCAGAAAUUCUCCAGGAAUCCCUUCACCUUUGAGGAUGAGGAGAUAGUCCGAAUCAACCCCAGAGAGCGCUGGCUGAUCACAGGCUACGAAGAUUACCGCUACGCCGCCGUGCCGGACAAGUUCAUCCAGCCUGAUGACUCGGACUUGUACGUUGACAUCGCUAAGAACGAAACCCUAAAGCAUGACUACAACUACCCAUAUGUGCCCAGCUCAGACUUUAGCCAGUGCGACCUCAAAAGCCACUGUGGGGCUAGCGAGGGUGUCGUGGUGGCCAACCAGCCGCGCUCCUUCAAACUCAAGGGCAAGCGAAGGAAAGAGGAUGGCGAAUGGUCACGCUGUGUCUACUGCCGGGAUAUGUUUAACCACGAGGAGAACCGUCGCGGCCAGUGCCACGACGCUCCGGACACCAUCCGAACCUGCAUCCACCGGGUCAGCUUCAUGUGGUGCGCUGACAGCAUGCUCUAUCACUGCAUGUCCGACCCGGAGGGUGACUACUCGGACCCGUGCUCUUGCGACACCACUGAGGAACGUUUCUGUCUGCGCUGGACAGCCCUGCUGGGUCUGUCGGUGUUUGCGCCCUGUUUGUGCUGCUACCCACCGCUGCACAUGUGCCACCGCUGCGGCGUGGCUUGCGCCUGCUGCGGAGGAAAGCACAAGGCUGUCGUUUGAGACGCUCACCUGCCCCCCCUCCCGAACGCACUGAGGAGGGCAGGAGAGCAAAAAACAGACGUGGGUGGAUCAUUCGAGCUUUUACACUGCAAAAAAAAACAUUUUCUUAAUCGGUAUGAACUUGUUUUCCAGUAAAAAUAUCUAGACAUCCUUAAAACAAGAAUACAUUUACUUGAGAAUAAACAUUGCAUACGAUAUUAUGACUUAAGAAUAUAUUUUGCGUUGAGGUUAUAUUUCUUUUCCCAAUUGCCUUUAUUGAUGCCCUGCUUUAAGCAUAAAUCUAGCAAAACAUUUGGAAUGUUUUUGCUUAAAACAAGAAAGACAAUUUGCCAAUUGGGUAAGAAAAAUAAUCUUAAAUCAAGAUCUGAAAACAAGGUCUGAGAAUGUUAUUUAUACAAUUCUGCUUCUCAAGCAACUGUAUCUUAUUGUUACUGAAGGUUUACAUAUUUUACUGUAAAACAAGACAAAAAUACUGAUUAAGAAAAUGAUUUUAGUUUGCUCUCUCCUGGUUCCAGAAAAGAAACGUGGUGCAUUUAACUGGCUUGAAAAACUUUUACGUACUUCUCUUUUGUUUUGUUUUUAUAAAUACGAAUAUAUAUAUGUGUGUGUGUAUGUGUGUGUGUGUUUGUGUGUAUGUGUGUGUGUGUGUGUAUAUGUGCGUGCCUGCGUGAAUGUGUGUGUGUGUGCGUGUGUUCUUUUCUCCCCCUUUUAUUCUGGAAUUUUCUCCGGUUCCUCGUGAAAGAAAUUGCUCUUUUGGCAUAAUGCCAUGCAUUACUUAUGCAGGUACUUUAUAUUUUUUACACUGAUUUUACUGUUUCAAGCACUUGAAUCGUUGUUAUUUUAAUGUCGUGUGUGCUUGAUUUCAGCAUCUAUCAUUUGAUUUUGUUCAUUCACAUUGGCCAGCAAAGGGAGAAAUUAGCUGUUUACUCUUCCUAAACAGGUCCAUAGACGAACCUGCAUUUGUAUCCCAAGCCCUUUAACCAUUCAGAACAAUAACAUUGAGAUUAGCUUGAGACACUAAACCUGUAGUUGGGUGGACUUUGGAUUUGAAUGGAAGAGACGAUUUUUUUGUGCAUUUCGAGAGCGAGCGAGAGAGAGAGAGAGAGAGAGAGAGAGAGAGAGAGAGAGAGUGGAUUCCUGCGAGUGUGUUGUAAAUGAUAACAUUGUAUCACAGCAUAGUAUUGUUAUUAUUAUAUUUAAGCCAAAUUUACAUAAGCUGCAUUAAGAGUAUAUGUAAAUACUGUAUACUCAUAUGUAUAUUUUUAAAAUCUAAUUAUUGUAAUCAUCUUCAACAGCCACAGCUGUGCUUCAAACAAUGGACAUUUUCCUUAUAGUUGACUUAUUUUUGAUGUGAGGGUGACUUUUAAGUUUAAGCAUAUUUGAUAUCCAAAGAUUAUUUUUGUCAUAUUUAUUUUCGCAGUCAAUUGAAUCACCAGCCAAAGGGAGAAAAAAUAGCGAGAAAUUAUUGGACUGUGUUCAAAGAAGCACAUCAAACGAGCCCACACAGUUUACACUGCAAAAAUCAUUUUAUUCUCGUUUUCCAGUAAAACAUAUUUAAACAUUCUUAAGAAGAUUCAUUUAAGUAAACUUGUAUAAGAUAACAAGACUCCAUUACAGAUUACUAAUUACUUCUCUAAGGCCUACGUUCACGUUAAUUUGGAUACAUUUGAAAAUUGUGUUUUCGCUUUUGUAACGCUCUCCGUCCACGCUGACAUUUUCAAGCAUUUCCCAAAAGUUUCUCGUCCACACUGAAACUUAUGAAAACUCUUAAAUCCCUUUACUGCGCAUGCGAAAAAUUGCCAUUCCAUGUACAGUCAUGUUACGUCACCGGCAGCAAUUACGAUUAAACUUCCCAUCGCCUUUGAAGGAAUGCACAAGGAAUGGUUGUUCAAAGUAACAUUUAUCUUCAGGGUUGGGAGGGUUACUUUUAAAAAGUAUUCCACUACAGAUUACAGAAUACAUGCUGUAAAAUGUAAUCUGUAACGUAUUCCGUUAGAUUACUUAAAGUCAGUAACACAAUCUAAAUACUUUGGAUUACUUCUUCAGCACUGGCAGAUUGUUAAGUAAAACAAGUAAAUAAAGUAAGAAAAUACCCUUCUCUGUAAAGAAGCCUAAAUAUCUUAUGCAGUUUUGCUAUAUAAGUAAAUUUAGAUUCUCAUUAAGAAUAAUAUUUUUGCAAUACAACUUUGCCAUAAUAUCAAAGGUCUUACUAGAGAAAAAACUUUAAUCUAAUAUGAAUUUGUUUCAUAUAAUCGGGCCAGCUAACAGAUGCAUGUAAAGGCAAGAAAUAGCAUUUUAGCUUAGCACAAAGCUACAUAUUCGCACGAGAAUUUCUACAAGGUUAACUAUUUUUUCUGCUUCAAAACUCUACAGAGUGUACACAGCAACAUCCUUUUCUGAUCGUAUGUGGAUUCUGUUAAUAGAAUGAUACAGAAAAUAUAUUAUUUGUAGCUUUCUAUACGAUGUUAAAAGUGAUGUUGAUGUUAGCAUUUCUUGUCAAAAAUACCCUAACCGCAUAAAAAACAAUGACAUGGCAUGUAAUCAUUCAUAUAUUGCAUUUAUGUUUCAUCUGUCAAAUUGUUUCUAUCUGUUUUGUUAAGUCGUAGAAACAUGAUUUAGCUUCUCUAUUAAGCUCCCAAGGGAAGGUUUCUCAGUGACGUCAUGUCCACCUUUUCACUCACAACAGAAAACAGUGAAAGCGCUCAUAUGAAUAAAACAAAUCUUAAGUGUUUCACUGUUGUUCAAAAGCUCCUCGAAUCACAUCAUUUAUAUGAAUAAAUGUUUCCUUACUGAAAAGACUCAAAGUAAUCUCUUCAGUAAUCAAAAUACUUUUUGAAUGUAACUGUAUUCUGAUUACCAACAAUUUAAAUUUGAACUGUAGUGGAAUACAGUAUUACAGUAUUUUAAAUACAUGAAUAAAUGUAUUUCGUUACUCCCCAACCCUGAUUAUCUUUAACAACGCUAUCAAAGUGUAUAUGCUCAAAAUAUGCUCAACAACGGCGCUACAAUGGGCCGCCAUCUUGAUUGUUUUGGGUUGAAUAGAUCACACGACUGCGUCACAUGACACAAAUAUGUCAUCAUUUUUAGAUAUCCCCAUUUACCUUGUCCACACUGCAACGCGAGGAUGGCGUUUUCAAAUAUAUCCACUUGGGAGAGUGAUUUCAAUAAGUAAAGUUUUCACUGUUAAAAACGCAGUCUCUGUGUGGACAGAAUGCCAAAACGAAGAGAAAAACGUGGACCUGGUCUAAAACUUUUCUGAUUACUUCAUUGGAAAGGAAUCACAUUACUAAUUACUUUUUACUUUCAAGUUACUUUCUAAAACACUUCACAGAAAAGUAUUAUAUAUUAUAUCUAUACACACCUUUCAGCUGUCAGAGAAGCGAAAACAGACAUUUAUAUGAACAUAAUUCAUGUUUUAAACGUAUUCUACAUAAAUAAUAUUAUUUAGAAAUAUGUUUAACCCAAAUAAGAUUUUUUGUCAAUUAACUUAAUUGAAUGAAAGUCAGUUACUGUGAACUGAUUACAAGAAUUUAAAAUAUAAUGUUAAAUUACUUUUAGACUACAAUAUUACAGACUACAUUACAGUAACUAAUUACUUUGUAAUCAGAUUACAUCCAACACUGGUCUUACCCUAUUGGUCUUUUUUUCUUCUUCUUGUUUUAUGCACAAAUCUCACUCAAUUUUGCUAGAUUUAUGCUUAAAAUAAAACAAAUAAAGAAAUAAACAUUUUGUCAAUGGGGUUUGAAAAAUAAUUAAAGAUAUUUGAAAUUAAUUCGUUUUCAUAUAAAGAUUGUGUAUUGUGUUUUAAGGAUGUGUCGACAUUUUUACUGGACAAUAAUACAAAAAUACUACUUAAGAAAAUGAUUUUUGCAGUGUAAUUAAUUUAAUAUAUUCUAAGGAGGGAAAACACUAAACGGCUGAAUCUAUUUUCCCUUACUGACAGAUGGCUCAUAAUUUGUCUCUGUGGUCUUCAGAAAGAAAUUGUUGUUUCCAGUAUAAACAGUUAGUUUCCAGUUUCCAACAACAACAAAAAAAUAACAGAAAAAUAAGCUUUAUUUCAGGGUGCUUUAAAGUUGAACGUUUGCCAAACCGAUCUCCAGUUUCUUUAUUACAAUAAUGUUACGCAACGCCUUAAUUUUCUCUCAAUUGAACCAGAAUUUGUGCGAGGACAUUAAAACAAAUCUGAGUAGUUCUUCUAAGUAAAAAAUUAUGAAUACAUAUUUUUCUAGUAUAUAAAAAAAAAUAGCACCCCAAUAUAUAGGCCUUGGGUUUAGUAAAAAAGUGCUCCAGAUAUAAUGGGAGUGAAAUGGCAUGGUACAAUCGGUGAGGCAGCUCGUAUGUGUCGGGUCUGUCUCGAUCACCUCACCCAUCCCUGUGAAGAACUCCAUGGUUAUCCAGUCAUUUCCCUGGUUGAGGUUUAUGCUUUGUCUGAAUAAAUCAUCAACCGACUAAGCAUUACUCUGCAUAGAUAUUCAAACCGGAUGUCAAUGACUGUACAGUAUAUGUGCGUCAUAUGCUUGCUCAUGUUAUAUAAACACCUCAAAAUCAUGUUCUUCUCAGAGUUGUGUUCUCAAUUGCUACUCUUAAAAAUAAAGGUUCUUUAAAGCUUAGGUUCAGCAAAGAUGCCUUUCUUAUUAAGAACCAUAGAGUUUUUGGAUAUAUAUAUAUAUAUACAUGUAAUAUAAACUAAUGGUUUAAAUUUAAAACAAAAACAGAUUGUGUCAUGUAGUCUCAGCCUUUAGUGCACCACAAUUGAAAAUGUUCUCCUAUGGCAUUGUAAGACCCUUUUCGGAACCUUUAUUUUUAAGAGUGUAGGGGUGAUACUAUGUGCUUUAAUGAGUGUGUAGGCGUCUAGCUUAUGGGGAACGAGUAGAUGCUCCCUGUCGGUUCACUGGAGUCCUCCCACUAAUAGGUGGUGGAGAGGAACGCAGGGGUCCAUGCAAACCUCCGCAGUGAGGUGUCAGCUGUCACUGUGUCCUUUCUUUAUCUCAGUCUGUCAGCUUCUGCAAUACUGACAUCAUCCAAUCUUAGAAAAGAGCUGAGUUUUAUUUUUCUAUCUGUGGUAAUAGAAAGUUAACCAAAAGCAUUCUGUAUGAACAUCUGUCCUGGUGUGACAUCUGGCUACUACACACAUUUACCUGUUAAAAAGUGCCUGAAGCAUAUUGUUAAUCUAUCUCCUUGUAUACUAAAAAAGAAACUGAAAAAAAAAAAAAAAUAUGAAAAUUAAAUAAAACCCUAUUGUAUUGAUUAGUUUUGUUUUUUUUACGAUCCAAAUUUUUACCUCUGUAAAAAGCAAAAAAAUCUAUAUCAAGUGUAUGAUGUACAGUUUUAUUUCUAUUUUUUUUAAUCGUUUCUAACAUGUAUGAUCAAUGUAGCUCCUGCUUUUAGGAAAAGAUGGAACAAAGAGAAAGUACUCUGUAAAUACCAGUUGAUCAUAUCAGAACUACAUGGUGGCCUAGCUGGUGUGUAGUUCUACAUGUUUGUUCUAGGUCCCAAUAAAAAUGAAAGAAACCAGUUACUGUUCCUACAUUUAUGCUGUUUGCCAAGUUAUAGGGAUAGUUCUUCCCAAAAAUACGAUUUUAUUACCAUUUACUCACCCUCGUACCAUACAGCCUGUAUUAUUUCUUUUCACCAUGAAAAACACAAAAUGAGAUAUUAGGCAGAAUGUCUGAGCUGCUGUUUUCCAUAAAAUGAAAGUGAAUGGAGACUGGGGCUGUCAAGCUCCAUAAAGCACAGAAAAGCAUUAUAAAAUUAGUCCUCAUGAUUUAUUUGCUAAAUUCCAAGUAUUUUGAAGCUGUUGGA